AUGGACUACAUUUUCUUCUCGGCCCUGGCAAACAUUGCCCCAAAGGACGUCGUUGUCUCCUACGAUAUUGCUUGUCAGUGGCAUAGAAACCUGUGGAAACAGUACCACAUUUAUGAAGACUGUCCAUUCAAGAAGGACGAUCAAGACUUUGUCUUCCUGAUCCCGAAAUUCUACAUCAAUGCUCAUCAAGAUUCAUACCAGAUGAGCUUUUCCUUCCAUAAUACUCCGCACAUUGGCGAGACGGAUGGCGAGGGUGUUGAGCGGCCCUGGUCGGACUCAAACUUAUAUUCCUCGAGCACGAAGGAGAUGGGCCCUGGUUUGCAGUGUAACUUUCUUGACGAUGCAUUUGCAGAUUACAAUUGGCAGAAAAUAUGUGGCAUGCCUGCUCUGUUCUUAGCACGAAUCAAAGCUGCACUGCCAGAGUGCAAUGAACAAGUCUUCACCUUUGCAGAACUGAACAAUGUGAUCACGCCAGAGGAUUAUGGUGAAUGGACAACUACCAUCGAAGCUUGA